AUGGCAGAAAACCACAGCGAGGUUAAAUCUUCGAUCCGCGCCCACCCCAUCUCGGAGUCUGAAUCCGACGACGAGGCGUCGACACCAGGGGGCGUGACGAGCACGUCUGAUAUGAAAACAGCAGCGUCGCACGUCGGGCGGGCGCCCACGACCUCGACCAAGCGCCCGGCGACGGACGCCGCGGCGCUACCUGGCGGGAAGGACGCUCGGCCGGCGUGCGAGUACGGCGCCGCCUGCUACCGCAAGAACCUGCAGCACCGCCGCGAGUUCAGUCACCCGCCAGGAGGCGCCGGCGUGGACGUCGCAGAACGCCCGACAGCGAAGCGUGCGAGGCGCGACUCGCCGCCGCCCUCUCGAUGCCCGGUGGCGCCCCCUCGCGAUGUGGAGGCGGUCGUCGCCGCGGCGCAGCCGUACGGCUUCCUGCUCUCGCGCGUUGCCGGCGUCUCCGACGACGGUGGCGCCCCCUCGCUGCACAUCUCCGAGAUCCUGGCGGCGGGCGGCGACGUCGUCGCGUCGGCGCAGUUCAGCUACGCGAUCGACGUGCCGUGGCUCGUGCGCCAGUACCCAAAUGCGGCGCGCCGGCGCCCCCUGCUGGUGGUUCACGGCGAGCAGCGGGAGGCGCGGGCGGCGCUGCACGAGUCGGCGGCCGAUCAUCCGCACGUGUCGUUCGUGCAGGCGCGCCUCGACAUCCCUUACGGCACCCACCACACGAAGCUGAUGCUGCUGCGUUACCGCGACGAUGCGAUGAGAGUCGUCGUGCACACCGCAAACCUCGUCGAGGCUGACUGGCACCAGAAGACUCAGGGCGUGUGGAUGUCGCCGCUGUUUCCACGGCUACCAGAGGGCGCCGCCGCGGGGCCGACGGGCGGAGAUUCGGCGACGCGCUUCAAGCGCGACCUGCUGGAGUAUCUCGGCGGAUAUCGCUCGCCGGGGCUCCGCGAGUGGAUCGCGACAAUAGAACAGCACGACAUGUCCGCAGCCCGCGUCCACAUCGUCGCCUCCCUCCCCGGGCGCCACCUGGCGGCGAAGCGAGAAAGCUUCGGGCACAUGAAGCUGCGGCGACUGCUGCGUGAGCGCGUUCCGCGGCCACCAGAGGGAGCCGGCGCCGGCGUCGUCGUCGCGCAGUUCUCGAGCAUCGGUUCGCUCGGCGCCACCAGGGGGAGCUGGCUCGGCGGGGAGUGGCUGACGAGCGUGGCGGCGACGCGGGGCGACGCAGCGCCGGCGCCCUCUCCCGCGCUCAAGCUCGUGUUUCCGUGCGUCGAGGACGUGCGCACGAGUCUCGAGGGGUACGCGGCCGGUGGCGCCCUCCCCUACAGCGUGAAGACGGCGGCAAAGCAGCCGUGGAUGCACAACCUCUUCCACCGGUGGCGAGCGGACGGGCGGGGCCGCACGCGCGCCUCGCCGCACGUCAAGACGUACGCCCGCGCCGCCGCCGCGGACUGCGGCGCCCUCUCGUGGUUCGUCGUGACGAGCGCGAACCUGUCUAAGGCGGCGUGGGGGGCGCUGGAGAAGAACAACGCGCAGCUGGCGAUCCGAUCCUACGAACUCGGCGUGCUGUUCGUCCCCGAGGACUUCGGCGAGUCGGAACUGCGCGUGCUGCCCCCUGGAGGCGCGUCGGCCGCCGACGGGUUUCCGGUGCCGUACGACCUGCCGCCGACGCGCUACGCUCGUGAGGAUCGGCCGUGGAUGUGGGACGUGCCACACGAUGAGAAACCGGACGCGCGCGGGGUUAAGUGGUGCCCCUCGCCCCUGUAACCACCCAUGCGCCGCAGGGUCAAGUGGUGCCCCCCCCUCCCGCCCCUGUAACCACCUAUGCGCGCGGGGUCAAGUUGUGCCCCCCCCUCCCGCCCCUGUAACCACCCAUGCGCGCGGGGUCAAGUUGUGCCCCCCCGCCUCUGUAGAAAUGCGUGUGGGACGCCGGAAUAAACUCCAGGGUUCUCCCUACGUUGCGCAA